AUGGUGUGGAGCACGCGGCCCUUGAGGCUCGGGAGGUCUUCCUGGGCUACAUUGGCCUUUGUUUGGACUAUGACGACCUUGUUACGGGGCUUUUCUUCAGGGACAACUUCACUGCUUCAGAAUGUGAGAUCUGUGUAUUUGAUCCGUCGCCAUCGCCCAGUGAAGUACCUCCAGAAAACCUUGGAGAAGCUCAGCCCAGGAGUCCCAGUGCGGCAGUGGGCUGCAGUGGAUGGCUUUGAUUUGCAGGAUGAUGUGCUGGACAUCGUGGACUCUGGUGUCGUGGAACCCGCAGCACUGCCCCGUGUGCUGGUGAAGGAUGAGUGGCGACAGAAGUGGCGAGAAACAAAGCGCUGGCGGCAUGUCCGGAGAGGUCGAGAAGCUCCGGGCAAGAAACACGGAGGAUGGCUUCAAGAGCUAGAUCUUACACGUGGCAGCUUGGGACAGGCGUUGUCGCAGCUGCAGGUUUGGGCUGAUAUAGAGAAGGAAGCCGGUGCGGCAUCCGAUGCAUUCCUCGUGGUGGAAGACAAUUGCAAGUUCCCAUUUGGAGUCACAACUGAGUUGUUGGAAGAUCGCCUGGAGGCUGUUCCCAAAGAUUGGGACUUGGUUUGUUUAGGUGGGGAGGAUUUGUUGGGCACUCCUGACCCCGAGUUAGCACAGUUCCGGGAUCAUGAGAUAGGACCUGGGCUCCGGCGUCUCUAUCCGUGGUAUCGAUUGGGCCCAGCCUACUUAAUCUCCGGUGCUGGAGCAAAGAAAGCUUUAAGGACCUGCACACCUUUGCGCUGGCGCCUUGACUGCCAGCUGGUUGGCCGCCUAUCUUCCACGCAGUUUGGCGAGGAGAUGGCGGAGAGGCUAUUUGCAGCAACAAGGAGCCUGCGUGGUUUCUGCCUCUCACCACCACUGGCAUCGAGACCAAAGAAGUCCAGCGAAAAGAACGAAGAGGAAGAGGUCCUAACAGAAAGUUUAGACUCCGUGGUCGCGUGGUCCAUGCGACUCACAGACAAGCCGCUGCCAAAGGGCUCUAUUUCGCACAUAUGGCAUCCUGAUCGGGAGAUUGAAGGUCACAGCAACAUGGUGCCGGAGGCUGUGGAAGUGAUGAACGCGAUCGCAUCCGAUGCUUCGAUCAAGACGGUUUGCGAGGUUGGCUUCAAUGCUGGUCACAGCGCCCUAAGAUGGUUGCUGCGGACCAAAGCGCAGGUCUACUCCUUUGAUUUGGGGGAUCACCCGUAUGCGCGACCAGCGGCGAUGUGGCUAUCAAACCGAUUUCCUGGGCGCUUGAAUAUGACCUGGGGCGACUCUUUGGCGACAGUUCCUGAGUUCCAUCGACACAACCCAGAUGUAAAGUGCGAGCUGAUUUUUAUUGACGGAGGCCAUAGCUAUGAUGUGGCAAUUAGAGACUUGAAGAACUUUGCUGCCUUGGCUAAUCUGAAGAACAACCGUGUGCUUUUGGAUGACACAUUUCUGGACGACGUCCGGAGAGCAUGGGACGAAAUGAUGGAGAUGGGAUAUGUUGAAGAGCUUCAGAGCUAUUCCGGAGAAAUAUCUGUAGGUAGCUAUGGUUUCACGCUGGGAAUGUACACGGAACAUGCUGCAGAGCUGCUGCAACAGCCAAGAUGA